GCGGGGUUUCAGUCGGGCCGGGACGGCCGCGGGCGCGUGUGUGAGCCGGGGACAGAAGGAGAGGCGGCGCCAGAAGACUGCUUCUGUGCAGUGGUCAUGGCGAUACCCUACAAACCCAAGGCGACCGAAAGUGAUGCUGCACCUUCAACGACUGGAGAAUCUGGAGCCGAUCCGGUUGAUACUUCUUCGGUGCCGACGGCGGAGAAAGACGAGACGUCGAACACCGAGAAUGGGACGAGCGCCACCACCAGACUCGGGGAGACUGAUGCAGCUACGACGGACACUAGGAAAGGAACGACGACGACCACCAGACUCGAGGAUACUGAGGCAGCUGCCAUAGACACCGAGACGGGAACACCCACCUCCAACGACCCCAAGCAGGCUGAGACAUCCGCGGCGGAUAUCAAGACCGAAGCCACCGCCCCAGACCCCAUACUUGAGGAGCAGACUGAAGCAACUACAGCAGAGACGGAGACCGGGACGACCACCCCCGAUCCCAGACUCGGGGAGAAGGCUGAGACGGUUGCUACUGACACCGAUACCGAAUCGAGAACCAACAAUGACCCCGGGCUCGAGGAGACUGAGGCAGCUGCGGUGGAUAUCGAAACCGGAACCACCGCCCCAGACCCCAGUCUCGGGGAGGAUGCUGAGACGGCUGUGACGGACACAGAGACCGGAACGACAACUAGCAAUGGCCCCGGACUCGAAGAUACCGAGACAGCCGCGACAGAUAUCGAGACCACAACGACCACCAGCGAUCCUGGAUUCGGGGAGGAGGCUGAGAGCGGAGCUACAGAAGGCACCGAGACCGGAAUCGCGGCCCCAGACCCCGAACACGAGGGCACUGAGGCAACUGCAGCAGACAUCGAGACCGGAACCACCGCCCCAGAUCCUGUUCAGGCUGAAAUGACUGGUGCGAAAACCGAGAACGGAACCACUGCUCCAGACUGCAGAUUCAAGGAGGAGGCUGGAGCAGCUACAGCACACAUCAAGAUUGGGACCACCACCCCAGACCCCGGGCUGGGGGAGACUGAGGCACCUGCCACCGAUAUCGAUACCUGGAAGACUAGAGUCGGAUGGGAGCCGGGGACAGAGGCGGUGGACAUCGGAACUCCGAGGAACACUACCGACACUGGUAACAGAGAAGACAACGGGGCUGAAGGAUCCAUCACCAACCUCGGGUUUGAGGAGGGAGCACGGACUGAUAAGACCGACCCUCGACCUGAAGAGAACACAGAGGCGACAGCAGCGAACGGCGGACCACCCAUGGUAGAAACAGCGACAAUUGAGAGCGCCCUGAGUGCGUCACAUCGGCAAACAUCACCCGAUGCAUCCACAGACUCACUGGUUAGGGAUCUAGAAACCACAGGUACAGGCCCCGAUAAUCAGCCACCGGCUGCUCCCGAGCUGUGUCCAGGGAGCGGACCAGCAGCUGGCGAGGAGCCGUCCGAGAGCGGGCUGGGUGCGGGCGCCACCGGGAGCGACACGGAGCUGCGCUACCUGGCCGUGAUGGUGCAGCUGGAGCAGCUGGCCAAGCUGCUGGACGAGUCGGCGUUCCAGUUCGCCAACGCGCCAGCCGGGGAUACCGCAGAGAGUACAGCAGCUGCGGUGGAGGGUACAGAAGGGAAGAAUACAAACGUGAAUGAUAUUGAGGCGAAUGAUAUUGAUGAUAUCGAGGUGAACGGCAUUCAUGGGAAUGGUAUUCAUUCGGAUACUGCUGAGGCGAAUGGAGCUGAUGCAAAUGGUAUGAGCGUGAAUGUCGCUGCGAAAAAUACCGAAGCGAAAGCCGAUGCGGAACAACAUGUCGAAGAAAAAGAUACGGAGGUGAGGAAUGGAAAGAUAAGGGCGGCAGAGGCGAGCGCUGCUGAGGUCAACGAAGGUGAGGCGAAUGUCACGGAGGUCAAGGAUGCAGAGGUGGAGGAUGCAGAGGUGAGAUCAGAUGCAGAUGUGAGAGGUGCAGAGAUGAAGGUUGCAGAGGUGCAGGAUCCAAAUGUGAGAGAUGCAGAGGCGAAUUCUGCCAAAGUGAAUGGAGCCGAGGUGAAUGCUGCCGAGACAAAUAAUGUCGAGGUAGCUGGUGCCGAGUCGAAUGGUGCCGAGGCGAAUGGCGCCGCUUUCAACGGCACUGAGGUGAAUGCCGCCAACAGAAAGGAAGCUGAGAUGAAUGGUAGUGCUGAGAAAGAUGUCGAAUCUGAGGAUAUUGAGGUAAAGAACAACUGUGCAAGCGGUACCGGUGGAAGCUCUACCAAAGUUAAUGGAGUGCAGGUCUCGAGUACCGAGCAAAAUGCUGCCCUAACCGAUCCAAAAGCAGCAGCUGAGCUGAAGAGGAAUCGCACCAGAUACGCCGAACUGACCGCCCUCCUAGCAGCCGCCUGUAUUCACCUGGAGGGCCGUACUCCGUGGUCCGUGAACUUCAAGAUCGAGCGGCUACCCCUGCCGAUCGGCCAGCCGCCGAGAGCGUUCCGUCCGCCACCGGGGUACGAGCUGCUGCCCCCGCUGGUCUGGCCCGUCUCCGCGCAGCUGGAGCGCUGGACGGCCAGACCAGUCGAGGUCUCCAGGCCUCCAUCAGAAGACCGGGCGCGGCCUGACGGAGCACCGGCGGAGAGCAGAGCGAGAGAUCAGGGUGACGACCCCGGCACACAACCAGAACUGGACGAUACAGGCUCAAAGCCAACCGGCGGUGCGAGGAGGAAGACCUGUGUUGAAAAGAAAUCUCAAAGUAAGUCCGUGCCCACAAGUCAGGUACCAGUGAGACGGAAUGGAACAAGCAAUGGUAACCACAGUCUAUCCAAAGAAUCACUCUCCCACGGAGCCGCAGAGCUCGAGCCUACGCAGAGCUCCACGGCCGCAUCCCCAGCUUCCUACGCAUCAGACCGCCUCACCCACGGGCGUGCGUCACCCAGGCAGCUGAGGGCAGUUCUGUCAGCCUUCCAGCGACGUAGUCGGGCCACCUGCGCGGCUCUGGCGCGGCGCAGACGGCCUCCAGACGAUCCCGUACCCUGGGAGCGCCCCUGCACUGUGGAGGAGCGGCAGCGGCGCGACGCAGCCUGGUGGCGGCGGCAGGUGCAGCGGGACGUCCGGUACGGUGACCGGGUCGGCCACUGGUUCGACAGGAGGUUCGAGCGAGGAGACGUGCUCUUCGACCCGCCGCCGCCGACAAACUACACAGGUUUCUCCACCGCCCGAGCGUCCGACUUCAAGUCGCUGGAUCCAGAGCAGUUCAGCCGAAGCAUGGGUGUUCCACUGGGGUUCCUUUGGGACCGUAAGAGCGUCGACCGCAACUGCCAGAACCCUCAGGGAGCAGUAGGCGUCCCCAAAGUCCAGCGUCCAAGCAGCGCUACAGCUCGGGGCGCCGCAUCGGAGGCCGGACAGAACCCUGGUAAUGCUCGUCGGGUAGCUGCCAAGAACAAGAAACAGACCAGAGCGGCACCUGCUGCUGCUCCUAGCAUGGCAGCAUCAGACGCCGGUAGCGCGACACCAAAGAAGCUCCGUGAGGAUGACCGAGAAAACAGAGUUGAGGCGAAGACUGCCAGCGGAAGCAGAAGCCCAGAUGGCGAGCAAGAUAGGGACGGCGAACGUCUGGACGCUGUCGAGGAGAUGAGGGUGAGGGUGAUGGAAGAGUUCACGGAGCGGCAUCUUCGGCUGGGUGGGUCUCUGACCGACAUUCUGGACGUGGUGGACAGCCCGCAGAAGCUGGCCAACGCCGCUUUGGAGAAGGGGAAAACGGACAGCGAUGUUGUCGAAAAGAAAGCCGUGGAAAGGGGAAUCCCUGUCCGCGAAACGGGUGAAAAAGACGAGGAUGACACUGACAGGACGAACAGUGCUGUUCGCAGGCAGCCAAAACGAAAACUUGACGAAGCUCAAGACACGAGUGAGACGACUGACACCGAAGAUGGGAAUGCUUGCGCUGCUGGAGGACACGACGUCAAGAGUGACGACAGCAGCGGCAUAGCUAGGGAAGGGACCACGUCUCACGGAGCGAGUGAAGCCUCUCUGAAAGUCAGCGUCACGAUGGCCGGGAACACGGACGAGGUGGCCGUCCUGGAGGCCACGGCCAUGGAGCUGGACGAGGAGAGGGUGUUCGGUGGCGUUCACCAGACCGACCACUUCGAGUCGAUGCUGAGCGACAUCGACGACCGCAUGAAGCAGGCGUGUCGGAGCAGCGAGCAGCUGCGGCUGGAGAGCGGCAGCGUCACCGGCGACGUGGAGCAGGUGCGACAGGCGCUGCCGCAGAUGGACCAGAUGUUCGCCUCGCUACAGAGCAUCUCCGCCGCCGUCCUCUCGGCGGCGCGCGCCAAGGAGGCUGGUGACAGACGAGAGACACCCGAGGGAGAGGACGCGGUGAAAUUUCCGGCGUCAGAGUCCAAGCCCGCCGAUAUGCCCAAAAAGUCGUCCAGGAAGAAGAAAGGUGGCCGCAAACUCCAAGCACAGACGAGCGAUGCUGCAGCUUCAAAGCAGGACAAGAAUGGCCCGGAUCGGCGUGUUAACAUGGACUCCAGCCCAAAUGACGAAGCCAGUGCAUCACCGAAGCUGAAAACCAACACCCAAUCAUCCCCACCAGCCAGCUCAGGCGCCAAGCCCAGGAAAAAGUCCACCAGGCGCACCACCAAGUCCUCCUCCUCCACGCCAGCCGAGCCGCGGGUGGAGGUCGCGGAGGCGGACUCGACCAGCGAGUACCCGUGCCUGGUGGGGCCGCUGGAGCUGCGGCCCGUGGAGGGCAUCCCGCCGCGGGGCACCUACGUGGCCCAGCACAAACACCUGCUGCAGCCGGCCGAGAGCGAGUUCGCGCGCUGUCUGACCGGCGAGGAGCGUACCGACCUGCUCAGCCCCCUGGGGCGGCUCGCGCUGGCCAUGCCGCAACGGUUCAUGUCCUCCAAACAGCUGCUGGAGGUGCACGAGCUGCUGCAGAGCCAGGGCUGCGCCGACGACCCGCGCGCCAUCGAGGCGCUGCUCCGGGUGGAGAGGUCGGCCGGCGACCACAUCUCCACCGUCCACCAGUUCUUCCAGCUCGGCUGCGACCGGCGCUACCACCACGUCGAGCUGCGCGGCAAGCCGAUGGCCUUCAGCAAGAUCGUCAGCUGCGACAUGCUCGCAUUUCUCCGCGAGAACCAGUGGCAGUGGCCGGCGCUGGUCAGCCCCAACACGUUUCUCUCCGGCCGGGGCAGCGGAGACGGUAUUGCGCCCAAUGCAUUCCGGACAUACGCCGAGAUCGAGAGUCACAUCGAAGUGGGCGAUAUGGUUAGGGUGAGCGGGAUCACGGCGUACAUCCGGACGGUGGUGCGCCACCUGUGCCAGGGCCUGGUGUGCCGGCUCGAGCGGCGACCGGUCAGCUGCGCAGAGGAGAAGGAGGCCGUCUCCAGCCUGGUCUCGGUGCUGCUGCACCGGAUGCAGGAGGCCACCCACGAGCCCGCCGGGAUAGUCAUGGUGUACUCUCUGCACAACGACAGUCUUCUGGAGGGCGAGAUGCGCCACACGAACCGGUACGUGAAGCUGCGCUGUGAGAGCCACGCCGCGCUGGUCGGCUGCAGCAGCUGGAGCUGCCGGCUCUGGCUCUGGAUGCUCUUCGAGACGUGCAGACUGUCUGUCGAGGGAGAGACGCAGUUCGCGCAGAUGAUCUACCAUCAGCAGAGGGUAAAGGAGGAGGAAGAACGCCAGUCACCCCGCCGGGGUGCCGCGAACCGCAAACCGCGACACUAGGGGCGGCUCAAGGGCGAAAGACGACUCGGGGCACAGUGGACCUCCCUGAAAGACGUCUUUGGGCGCGGAGCUGGAUGAUUCAGGUUAAACUUCAAUGCCGAAUAGUGGAUCGUAGUUAUGAUAAGGCGAUCAUUAAAGUGUUGUAUCGAUUUUAAUUUAUUAGAAAAUGCGUCCAUCCAGUGGCUAGUUUUAUGGUCAGCAUUAUUUUAUCAAAUCAACGCUCUUCAGCAGUGAGUGAAGGAUAUGAGAGACACCGCUGGAAAGUGUUGUAAGAUUGUAAGCGAGGCUGUGAAACAUUUUUCAUCCGCGGCAUCUUCAUUCCCUUAGAACGGCUUCAUUUGUAACCGACAGGAUUCGACGAAGCGGCAUGGUAUUGUGUCCUGUUUUAUGCCUCGUGUCAUAUCAUAAAUACAUUUCGAGUUACAUGCUA